CCACCUCGUUCUCCCUCGCUACACCCCGCGCCCCCUGUGCCGAUGACGCGCGGCCUCGUACAAGCCUCGAUUCAAUGGAGCGUGGAGUCGAAGAAAGCGGGCGUGCAUAGCCGAGGCGGCCCUGGGCUUCAGUCGCCUCCCGCGCCGCGUACCUCUUCUGGGCUCCCCUGCGCCGGCGGUAUUCGCGUCAGUUUGCACGAUGGUCGCCAUCCACCUGUAUUGCCUUCUCCUCCCUGAAGGGCGAUGGCCGCCUACGUCCCUGCCGGCCUCUCCCGCUCCCGCCCCGCUACCUUCUCCCCCAUGGAAGCCUCUUCGCGGCAUCCAGGGGCAAAAUCGCCCACCAAGCGCUAUAUUUGGCUCCCCUCCCCACCGAGCCUGCCGACCGUCCGCGAUGUCCCUCGUCAACCUCCACGUCCCCUCCCGAUUCUUCCUCGCGUUGCUCUCCUCCGCUCCCAUCUCCUCGCUCCUAGCGAUGGCGCCCCCCUCCCAGCGACGACGCUUCUUCCGUGCCCGAUUUAGGGCUGAGGUGGCCUCUCGACUACGCGGCCAGCUGCGGCCCACCUCCAUCCGUCUGUUCCUUGAGUGGUUACUGUUGGGGCGUUCGCUCUCCGCUGAUGUACGCCGGUGGCCGCCGAGGUUUGUCGCUGCCAGUCCGUCCCAUGGGGUGCUUACAUGGCCUGUAUCAUCCGCUCAAUCUGCAGCCAGGUACUCAAAUCAAUUAGAGGGGCCAAAGGGAGCCAAGCCAAAUUUUGGCCAUGCUCUGAAAAUUAGGCCUCCGUUUGGUUUGAGGUCAAAAUUUGGUCAUGUCCCGAAAAAUUUGGCUGGCCAAAAUUUUUUAUAGCGUUUCUGGACAAAUCUCGGGCGGACAAAUCGUUCACUAAAAUUUUUGGCCGGCCAAAUUUUAGCUUGGCCUCAAACCAAACGUCAUUUUGGUGGCCAAAAUUUGGCACUGCCCUAAUUUGGCAUCUGACCAAAUUUUGGUUUGGCCUAUUAGGGCCAAAAACCAAAUUUUGGUUUGGCCUGUUACAGCCCCUAAAUGCUCAAUUGGUCAUGCACUUACAAUGUGGAGAGUGGACUUCAGAGUUCAGAACAAGGCCCUAAUGUCCUUUUAGUGUAUGGAUUAUUUGUGGGUUGAUUGGUGCAAGGAGUCCAUGGAAAUGCACAAAGGGAUCCAAGCAAUGUUGAGCAGUGCUCAGGUACUUUCUCCUCUUGCAUUUGGAGCUUUGUGUCAUGGGAUUUUAGGAGUUGUCUGGUUUUACCAGCCCUCACAACUAUGGCAGAGGCUACCACAAUGAAAUAGUGAUAUACCUGACACAGAUAUGUUGUAGCUAUGUCCACGAUGGAAUAGGGUUUUGCAUAUAUGAAUCUGAGUCAGUUUUUUGCUGAACGAAAUGAAUAUAUAUUUGCUUACAUUUAUAAGUAGAUGUAUGGAUUGUUUGCUACACUUCGAUUGUGUCCCUAUAAAUUGCUCAACGUAUCAACCUCCAUUUCUUUGUAAUGCAUAAACAAUUAGUUGAUGCUAUCUUCGAACCCUCAUGAUUUUAUAUGAUGACAUAGUGGUACCUACCCAUAUGAUGACAUAGUGGUACCUACCCGAGAUCCUUAUGGUAUGUCAUCAUUUUCCAGGGACUUGCUUAAAAAUGUAAGUACGCAGGUCAUGUUUCUUUUGCAAUAACAGUCCUUCAGUCUUUUUUUACAUCCUCCUAUUAGUUGCAUACUUGCAGUACUAUUUUCAAGAGGUCAAACAUUCAAUACUUUUUUACUUACCGUGUUUGUCUUUCCAAUUAUUAACAUUGUUGCAAGUAAUCAGCUUUAAACCUUUGCUAGCUUUGCCAACUAUAGGAGCGAGCUAUUGAUUUUCAGGUAUACCAAUGGCCUGCACACUCUGGUGCUGUUCCUAUGCACCAUGAUAGAUUCUUCUAUAUUUCCAGCCAAUUAUUAUUUAAACAUCUUGCGAUGUACUUGCCUGUGGUAGUAUGAAAGUGGCUGGAGGAACAAUUUCAGUGUGCAGUUACUAAACUGCAUCAAUUUAGAAACAAGGUUGCCUUUUUGCAGUGUCACGUUUACUGAUCUCAGUCUAUGCCCUUUGAAAGUGUUACUGAUUUUAGCUCUUGGAUUAUAUGUAAUAUGUUAUGAAGCAUCAGACCACAAAAAUUAAACAAGGUUGCCUUUUAUAGUGUCACGUUUAGUGAUCUCAGUCUAUGCCCUUUGAAAAAGUGAUCUCAGUCUAUGCCCUUUGAAAAUGUUACAGGUUUUAGCUCUUCGAUUAUAUGUAAUACUUUAUGAAGCACCAGACCACAACAAUUAUUUAGCUACCUAUAUUACAGUUUUCUACUAUAUAUGGUGCUGUUUCUUAUAACUGUAGCAACUUCAACAGUAAUUUAAGCACAAUUUUGAUUACAUUUGCUCAAAAUGUAGAGACGGUGGUAUCUCUGACAUUGUCCAAGUCUUAUAACAGUAAUGAGUAAUGGUUGAUGAGCAGGGAUGAACUGACAAUCAUGCGAGUUUUUUUUUUCCUUCAGAUUUUAAUAUGAUUGGAAGAAGACCAAAGAGCAUCUUGCCACGAAGAGAUUUCACUGCUAUGACGAGUGUACUUCCCUUUGCAGGGAUUAUCAUAAUGUGAACUAUAGUUACCAUGUACUUCAGCUGUUCUAGAGGUAUUACGUACCUGCAGUCCACAAGUCAUCGUAGUUUCUGAUUUUUUUAUUACGGCUGCUCAAUACUUACUGUAGUUAAUGUACUAAUUACAAAAUAAAACGAAAUCACAUUCAAUACUAUUUUCUUUCGAGUGACA